AUGAAAAAUCAGCUCCGCAAGCUCUUCAUUGGUGGGCUGAGUUUCGAGACCACCGACGAGAGUUUGCGGAACUAUUUUGAACGAUGGGGAUCCCUCUCAGAUUGUGUGGUGAUGAAAGAUCCAGUCACAAAGAGAUCAAUGGGCUUUGGCUUUGUCACAUACAGCUCAGUGGAGGAAGUUGAUUCAUCAAUGGAGGCUCGUCCUCACAAGGUUGACGGCAGACAAGUGGAGCCCAAGAGAGCGGUGUCCAGAGAGGAUUCCUCUAGGCCAGGUGCUCACACAAUGGUGAAGAAGAUCUUUGUGGGUGGAAUCAAGGAGGACACAGAGGAGCAACAUCUCAGGGACUACUUUAAUCAAUUUGGCAAGAUUGAAGUCAUCGACAUCAUGACAGAGAAGAAGAGGGGAUUUGCCUUUGUUACAUUUGAUGAUCACGAUUCAGUCGAUAGGAUUGUCAUCCAGAAGUAUCAUACAGUCAAUGAUCACAACUGUGAAGUGAGGAAGGCUUUGUCAAAGGAAGAAAUUAACCGAUCAGGGCCAAGAGUUGGACACUUUGGCAGAGGUUACGGAUAUGGAGGUAUAUAAUGAUGGGGGGG